GCCUUAUCUGAUUGGUUGAAAUUCGGCAUGAAAUUGGAAGAUUUGGGAUUCAGUUGACCCUCUCAAAAAAUAUAUAUAGGAAAUAAAUACGCACAAAGUAAUGAUAUCACACUCUCCUUAAAAUUCGAGGCAUUUUACCUUGACGCAACAAAGAUCAACUUUCACGAAAUAUCUCUGACAUCACCAGACCUUCCUUAUAAUACAGGAACAAGUCAAUACACCAUUUGAAAGAUGAGAGUCAUAAGAAUACUCUGUGUAUUUUCCUGCAUGCUACUUGCCAUUGGACAUGUUCAUGCCUCCAAGAAAUGUGACAUAUGCAAUGAGAUGGUGAAAAAAUUUAAUGAGGGUAUAGUCAAAACAGCGAAAUCCAAUUUUGGUGGUGGAAAUACUCAUUGGGAAGAAAAAAGUCUUGGAAGUUGGGCUCAUAGUGAAACCAGGUUUGUAGAGAUAAUGGAGAGCAGUUGUGGAGAUGACAAGGGGUGCCAUUCUAUGGUGGAGGAACAUGAAGAGUCACUGGAAGACUGGUGGUUCAAACAUUAUGCCAAAAAUACCAAAAAGGAUCUCAAGGAGUAUUUCUGUAUAGAAAAUGUUAAAGUGUGCUGUCCAGAGAACACAUAUGGUAAACAGUGCAAGGAAUGUGCAGGAGGAGUUAAACAGCCAUGUAUGAGCAAUGGUAACUGUGAUGGAGCUGGCACACGAGAGGGCACUGGGAAGUGUAAUUGCAACUCAGGCUACAAGGGUGAUACAUGCAAUGAGUGUAAAGAUGGAUUCUUUGAACAGGAAAAGAAUGAUACCUACAUACAAUGCACAGCGUGUCAUGCAUCUUGUGCUAACACAUGUUGGGAGGAGGGUCCUAAAGGUUGUGAUGAAUGUGCUAAAGGCUGGGAAGCUAAUGAAGAAGAAGGUUGUCAAGAUAUUGACGAGUGUGCUGAUGCAACGCCCCCCUGCAAAGAAGAUGAGUUUUGCACAAACACUGCAGGGUCCUAUAAUUGCUCAAAGUGUAACAAGGCUUGUGAUAACUGUCUAGGAGGAGGCCCAGAUAAAUGUGUGAAAUGUGCUCAAGGAUAUACCAUGGAGGAAAAUAACACAUGUUUGGAUGUUGAUGAGUGUGCUAAAGACCCUACUCUAUGCCAGGGAGAUGACAACAUGCAAUGUCGCAAUGACCCAGGGACCUACACAUGUAUAUGUAUAGGAGAUUAUGAAUAUAAACAUGGGAAGUGUGAAAAAAUAAAAGGUGACGAUGAUGACGAGGAUGGUGACGACGAUGAUGAAGAGGACAAUGAAGAUGAAGACGACGAAGACAGCAAUCCUGAUGAAGAUAAUUUACAGGAAAAUGAUGACAAAACCGUAGACAUUGAUAAUAAGAAGGAUAUUGAAAUACCAGCUGAUAAUACAAAAACAGAAGAGAAUCCUAAAAAUACAAAAGACAAUAAUGCAAAUGAAGAUAUUAAAAAAAUAAAGAAUGAUGAACUCUGACCCAAUUAAGACUAUAGGUACAAAUACACAAUUAUCCAUAGCCAUAAGGAAGGUAUCAAAAAUUAAUGUACACCCAAAAAUGAAACAUCUUGCCAAAUGAAACAUCAUAUCUCAUUCCUUUCACUUUACUGCACUCACUUAUGAGUAGUAGAGCACUUGCAAGGACUUCCUUAGGGUCUUGUUAUUAAUCUUCAAAUGAUAAAACCAUUUGGGUAUAUAUUAACAUUUUGAUAUAAUACCUUAUAAUGCAAUAAUGAAGAUGUCAUGAUAAUUGAACUUUAAUCAUUGUUCAUGUGUGACCAAAAACUAGUGUUUAAUUAUGUAUUUAUUGAGGAAAUAUAUGAUAAUGUAUGAAGUUGGCUGGCAUGAUAUCUUCAUUUAAAUUUUU